AUGCGUUCGAGUGCGGAGUGGUUAGGAGCGGUGAGGAGCGGUGAGGAGCGGGUAGAGGCGGAUAGGAGUGGUGAGGAGUUGGUAGGGGCGGAUAGGAGUGGUGAGGAGCUGGUAGGGGCGGAUAGGAGUGGUGAGGAGCUGGUAGGGGCGGAUAGGAGUGGUGAGGAGCUGGUAGGGGCGGAUAGGAGUGGUGAGGAGCUGGUAGGGGCGGAUAGGAGUGGUGAGGAGCUGGUAGGGGCGGAUAGGAGUGGUGAGGAGCUGGUAGGGGCGGAUAGGAGUGGUGAGGAGCUGGUAGGGGCGGAUAGGAGUGGUGAGGAGCUGGUAGGGGCGGAUAGGAGUGGUGAGGAGCUGGUAGGGGCGGAUAGGAGUGGUGAGGAGCUGGUAGGGGCGGAUAGGAGUGGUGAGGAGCUGGUAGGGGCGGAUAGGAGUGGUGAGGAGCUGGUAGGGGCGGAUAGGAGUGGUUAG